AUGCCUUCGACUCAGCGUCACGUCUUCGACUACUGCAAGUUACGGUCACUAAUCGGCCACGCCAAAACCCCCAGUACACCUCCCGCCACUUCGCCUGAAGAUCACAGUCGCGCCUCAAGACUCGUCAAAAUCAUCAAGCGCGAGGUCCUGGCCAAUGUCUCCGACUUCUACAAGCAGACAGAAGCCGCAUUCGAGGAGGCCACAGUCUGGCCAGUCACUCUACCUGUGCACGAGCACCUCCGUGCUCUCUGCUACCGCCACCACCGCAACAUCGCUUCGGUCCAGGGCGCCAUGCCGCAAUUGACAGCUUGCAUGAAGGAGCUUCCGAUGGCAUAUAAGAAGGAGGGCAUGAUCACGACUCUGAACCGUCGCGAGGAGGUGGAGCGGAGAUUGCAAGAGAGCACAGCCGAGUACGAGAGAGAGCUGGGCCAAGUGGGGGAGUGGAGAGCCAAGCUUAAGGAAACCCUCGAGCACUAUUGGGUGGACGUUCAAGAGAUGGUAGCCGCUGUCGACCCAGACCAACCUCGUGGCAACCAGGAGCUUGUAACCAGGGCACACGGCAUCAUCGAAAACUACAUCAACAGCCUGGAUGGACUUCAGGAGGAGAAGAAUAUCUUGUGGAACUGCCCCAAGGGCAGGGUCAGAUCGCAACUGGUCGCCGAACACCCGGAAAACCAAGGCGCCAGCAAUCUCCAGAUCUCCAUUGACGAGUAUGUCUUCGUCCUGCUCCGCGUGAUCGAGAAGAAGCCAGCCAACUCACGCGACCCGUCCAACUGGACAGCCUCCAUGUUCGACAUCCUUCGCAAGAUGAUGAGAGCCCCAGAAUCGAUCAACCUCAACGAAGUCAUCAUCUGCGAGUCGGACAAGGUGUCUCUCCUCUACGAUGACCUGUUGCGGAACGAGUGCUCGGUGUGCCUGGACCCCUACGAGGACGCGACCUAUGUUGCUGGAGAGGACCCGUGCUUCCACAGCUUCUGCUUCGAGUGCAUCGUUACGUGGGCUGACGAGAAGGAGACGUGCCCAAUGUGUCGAAAGGCUAUCGAUCUUGUCGAUUUGCGGCGAGUUGAUGUGACGCGCGUAGACCGCACGGUCGAGGAUGAAGGGACUGAGCACGAACAGGCAAGUCAGCGACCAGGAACCUGCACGCAACAUGCCUGA